AUGUCCUCACAGCAGCAGCGCCCAAUCAUGCGCCGCAAAUCAUCUGCUCAGAACCUCCUCUCCUCCUUCAAGUCAUCCUCGCCUGUCCCCCUCUCGAAUGGCGCUCCAGCCUCGAUAUCGUCCGCCACGGGGCUCGCAUUUGUGUCCGCGCAGACACCCACCGCGUACACACCCACCGCGCGCGAAUGGGAUGUCCAGAGCAUGCACUCGGACUCGACGAACGGGACAGGGCUUGGUGGCGCAGGCAGCCCCGCGUUCGCACAGAGCGCGUCCGUUGAAUACCUUCGAGAUCUCGUCCAGAAGAGGAUCAUCACGUUGACGUAUAUGCGCAAUGUACACGACGGACGAAGUCAUUGGUUCCACACUAUCAUGAUGUCGCGUGGUGAACUCGAUCGUGUUUUCAGCAAUGCUGCAAUGAAACGGCGCACCUCACGCUUUGCAAUUCUCGCUAUGUCGCUCUCCACACUUUUCGAUAUUCAUCAACCGCAAGAUCUUCUCCGUGGUCUUCUCAACACCGUCACAGAAUACGAACAGGCUAAAGAGGAAGGCGAGAAGCCAUCCAAGAUGCGCAUCUUCAACCGUAAUAAGUUUCCUAAACGCCAAGCAGGCGGCUUAGGCGACUACCCAAUAUCCCUCUCCGACAAUUCCGAAACAUCCUAUCUCGUCGCCCCCCACACGCCCUUCCCUCUCGACUAUCACCAAACCCUCCUCUCCCUCCUUGACAUCCUCUCCGAGCUCUACUCAAAAAUCUCCAAGCUACUCGGGCCAUCGCCUUUCCCACACGCCUCACAGCACAUGCUCGGACCUCUGGGUCUCCUCUCCCCGCACCCUGGCGUGUCAUACCUUUUUUCAGGUGCGGAUGCGGCUCCUAUGGCCGACGGUGACGGAUUGUGGGGCAUUGCGCAGGGAGGGCUGAACAUCAACGGAGCGGGCCCGCUCGCGAGUCCACCGCCGAGCUGGACGCCUGCGCUGGGAGAGAUGGUUCUGAAGGUGGACGGCAAGUUCAAGAAAAUCAUCUCGCAGCUGCUCAAGGAUCUCGAUGCCUUCGCGCGCAACGGGAUCAAGGACGAGCUUGCGUCGCUCGACCCGCUCCUGCGCAAUGUUGCCAUCGCGGAUAGCGCACGGGCGACGUACGACUUCGAGAUCUGA